AUGGAGCAGAACAACAACAGUGUAGAAGAUUUCUCUUUCAAUGUAUUUUCUGUCACUCCAUAUCAGCCCAAUAGAUCAGAUGUCCUGGUGUCAGAUGAUGACAAAGCUGGUGCCACUUUACUCUUUUCAGGUGUUUUUUUAGGGCUGGUGGGGAUCACUUUCACAGUGAUGGGAUGGAUCAAAUAUGCUGGCAUUAUUCACUUUGAGUGGACUCAGUUAUUAGGGCCUAUUCUGCUCUCUGUUGGUGUGACUUUUGUUCUGAUUGCCAUUUGCAAAUUUAAAAUUCUGACAUGUAAAUCUGAAAAAAAACGUGAUGAAAGUGCAUCAGCUACAGACCAGUCUCCAAGUGGACAAUCCUUUGUUUUCACUAGAAUUAACCAACCUAUAACUUUUCAUGGUGUUACAGUGGUACAGUACAUCCCUCCUCCUUAUCCAGCCCAGGAAGGCAUUGCUGUGAAUCCAGCCUAUUUGCAUCCAGUGCUCAGUUAUUGUGGUGUUGCUUCAUCCAGUGGAUUAACAAUUCCUUCCCCAACCUCUCCUCUGUACUCAAACUCUCAUAUUGUCCACUCUCUGCAUAACCCAGCUUUUACUGAAGAUGAAAACUACCCUGCUUAUCUGGUAGCAGACACAAGAGACGAGAGGUUAAGUCUACUGAAAUGUUUAUUAGUUAAUAUGGAUAUAGUCAUUUGAAAUUUUAAAGCACUUCAUGAGUGCUAAGUAGUAUUGUUAUUACUAGUGCUAAGUAGUAUUGUUAUCCAGUCAAAUGCUAUCGAACCCCAGUGUUGUAGUGCUUCCUGUGUACAGCAUUAUUCAUGUAUUUAUAUUUUAAUAUGCAUGCUUUGAUUUAUGUCUAUGUGGUAUCUUGUAUUAUUUACCUGGGAAAUGGUAAUGUCAAAAAUUUGUUACAAUCACCAUCUUGAAUGGUGUCUAGUAGUUGUUUGGCAGCCAUGUUGGCUACCCUUCUCUUUGGAACUUUGGCACCCUUUUGUGGAAAGGCGGGAAAAGGACUGGUCAGGUGGUCACUAAUCUGUCUAGAGACAAGAGGAUAUAAAAACCACACACAUGGGCUCUAGGGUGCUGUCCCCCCUAGAACCACUGGAAAAUCUCUGAGAGAAACCACCACAGCUACUUAUCUGAGAAGUAAUCCUGAUCCUAAUCCUGGUUCAGCAGUCAAAGGUCCAAAUCCCUCCUGCGCCGCCUGUCAUCCCCAAGCACAGUGAUAGGUCUGGAUCCAACAUAUUGAGGCCGAGGCAGACAAACUUUGAUCUAUAAAGUAUAAAUACCUUUGUCUGUCAUUUGUAGAGGGAAAGGGUUCUGGGCUUC